GAAUAAACAGCAGAAAGAGUUAAAGAAUCAAAAUGACUUAUUAAUGUGAAUAAAUAAGGAAUGGAAUAUUUUUGUGCAAAAUAUAAAUAUAAAAAGCAAAAAAUACCAAAAAUUGUUAAAGAUAAUUUUUAAAAAAAUGCAUUGGAUUACCAAAAAUUUUAUUUUCCUAUUAUGGAUUGCUGCUGUCAUAGGUGACCAUUAUGGAGAAAGACAGCGAAACAGACGGAAAGUUUUGAAAAAUUCUCAACAGCGUCACAUAACCUACGUCAACCAUCCAACAACUGCAGCAUUACGGUACUCUGAGCAAUUGAAUACAAAUAAGAAAGCUUUCCGAGCUGUUCUUUUCUACACUUUUGAUGACAAAGUUAAUAGCAAUGAAAUUGAGAAGUAUGAGUUGAAUCCUGAAUUAUUUGAGAAAAUAAUUUCGUCAAAAGAAUUCAUCAAAAAAGCUGAGACUCCUCAAAGUACUUCCAGUUUGAUAUCCUUUUUCGAUGGAAAAUGUGAUAUAUCAAUCAAUUGUCAAAGGGAAUGUACUGAUCCAAAAGAUUUGUGUCCUUGUAUAACAACAACGCCCUUUACUACUGUGGCAUCAACAGCUCCUGUCACAAUUCCCCCCAAAACUACAACAACAGGUCCAGACACCCCCAAAACUACAACUCCUAUCACAGACACACUUAAAACUACCACAACAGGUCCAGACAUCCCCAAAACUACAACUCCUAUCACAGACACACUUAAAACUACCACAACACGUCCAGACAUCCCCAAAACUACCACAACAGUUCCAGACACCUCCAAAACUACAACUCCUGUCACAAACACCCUUAAAACUACCACAACAGGUCCAGACACUCCCAAAACUACCACAACAGGUCCAGACAUCCCCAAAACUACAACUCCUAUCACAGACACACUUAAAACUACCACAACAGGUCCAGACAUCCCCAAAACUACAACAACAGGUCCAGACACCCCCAAAACUACCACAACAGGUCCAGACACCCCCAAAACUACAACUCCUAUCACAGACACCCUUAAAACUACCACAACAGGUCCAGACACCCCCAAAACUACCACAACAGGUCCAGACACCCCUAAAACUACAACUCCUGUCACAACCACCCCCAGAACUACCACAACAGGUUUAGACACCCCUAAAACUACAACUACUGUCACAGAUACCUCUAGAACUACCACAACAGCUCCAGACACCCCCAAAACUACCACAACAGGCUCAGACACCCCCAAAACUUCAACUAUUGUCACGGACACCCCGAGAACUACCACAACAGGCCCAGAUACCCCAAAAACUACAACUCCUGCCACAGAUACCUCUAAAACUACCACAACAGGUCCAGACACCCCCAAAACUACCACAACAAGCCCAGACACCCCAAAAACUACAACUCCUGUCACAGAUACCUCUAGAACUACCACAACAGGUCCAAACACCCCCAAAACUACCACAACAGGUUCAGACACCCCCAAAACUACAACUAUUGUCACGGACACCCCGAGAACUACCACAACAGGUCCAGAAACCCCCAAAACUACCACAACAGGUUCAGACACCCCCAAAACUACAACUCCUAUAACAGAUACCUCUAGAACUACCACAACAGGUUCAGACACUCCCGAAACUUCAACUUCGGUCCUUUCUUCCACAACAACCAGGCCUGCAUCAACAACAAAGACAUAUAUCCCUCCACCUGGUGUUUCACGACAACCAUAUACUCGUUGGGCUGGAUCUUAUCGAAGAUAUACAGGACAAUUUUCAUUUGGACAUACUUGGAAGCCAUUCACUGGAGGAUAUUCUUGGAGAUCAAGACGAUAUUCAUCGAUACCAAUAACAGAUCCAGGACGGUAUAGACAACGAAGUCUUGUCAAUGAACUUAAUCCAGUUGCUAACGAGAUAUGA